AACGUAGCUGAGAGAGAAAGUAGGAAGUGCUACAGCCAAAGCCAAGCCGUUGCAGCAGGAGCUUGUUCUGCCUUGUUGCAUGUUUGCUGUAAUAAUAUUUCCCCUUUAAGGCUUGGCUGAAGUUAUUUAUACUUUUUGGGGUGGUGACAGGAACCGAGAGAAGCAGCAGCAGCAGCAGCAGAUCUUACCUGAAGAGCAACCGAGAGAGGCGCUGAAGGAGGCUAGAAAUUUGGCAAGAAAGGUAGUGCGGGGAGAACAAUGAAGAGAGAGUGAAAGAGAUCAGAGGAAAGGGAAAAGAGGGGAAAUCAGUGAGGAGCAGAGAGAAGGUAGGAAAAAAAAUCAGAGGAGUGAAGCUACAAAAAGAGAGGGAGGAAUAGAAAAACAAGCAGGGAGGGCAGGAUAGAGAAUGACAAGGAAGUGACAGGAAGAAGCCUGCUGUGGAGGAGGAGAAGAGAGAGCAACUGAUGGCGACAAGUGCAGCUGGCUUGUACUGAGAGAAAAGACCUGGCAGGUUUGGUCAAUUCUUGCUGGGGACACAGCUCACUCUUUUCCCCAAGAUGAUGAAGAGACAGUUCAACCGGAUGCGGCAGCAGCUCAGCCAUCCCAACAUUGGUGGACGAGCCCUGGAAACAACUGAAUAUUUGACUGAAGACAUGUUACAGAUUGAACAGAGAGUUGAACCUGCAAAGCGUGCAGCGCAUAAUGUCCACAAGAGGCUUCUGGCUUGCCUCCAGGGCCCGUAUGGGGCUGAUGUGGAAAAACGUGUGAAAAAGUUGUCUUUGAUGUCACUCUCUGUUGCCAUGGCUGAGAGCUUCAAAGAACUAGACACUGAUUCCAGCCUUGGGAAAGCUUUAGAAAUGAGCUGCUUCAUUGAAGGCAUGCUAGCCAAGAUCUUGGCAGAGUGUGAAAUGGCUCUUGAACGAGAAGUCCUACAGCCUCUAAAUAAACUGAGUGAGGAGGACUUGCCCAUCAUCUUGAAACACAAAAAGAACCUUCAGAAACAUAUUCUGGAUUGGAACACCAUCAAGAGCCGUCUGAACCAAGCGGCCAAAACCUCCAGUAAUAGCCUCAAUGCAGGCCCUGGCCCAGCACCAUCCUCCGCUGCAAUCAAACUGGAGAACCUGAAGGAGGAGGAAGAGGAGAUGAAAAGGAGGGUUGAGCAGAGUAAGGAUGAGUACAUGGCAGAUCUAUACCACUUUUCCACCAAGGAGGACAGCUAUGCCAAGUACUUUAUCAAAUUGCUGGAAAUCCAAGCAGACUAUCACAGGAAGUCCUUGGGAUCUCUGGACGCUACCUUGGCAGAACUGAAAGAGACUCAGUGUCAGUCAGACUCCCCAUUCCUGAUGGAUACAGCUGUGCUAGGGGUAUAUGGGAUGCCUCUAGAAACUCAUCUGAAGAACUCUGGGAGGGAGAUUGCACUCCCCAUUGAAGCUUGUGUCAUGAUGCUGUUGACUUCAGGGAUACAGGAAGAGGGGCUCUUCCGAUUGGCAGCUGGGGCUUCUGUGCUGAAGAAGCUGAAAUAUUGUCUUGCCAGUGGCUCAAGUGCUCUGGACGAAUUCUAUGCAGACCCUCAUGCAGUGGCAGGUGCCCUGAAAUGUUAUCUGCGAGAGCUGCCCCAGCCCUUGAUGUCCUUUGAACUCUACGAUGAUUGGCUCAAAGUUGCCACUGUCAAAGAACCAGAAAGUCGACUGGAGCUGCUCAGGGACUCUUGUAACCAUCUCCCCAAAGACAACUACAACAACUUGAGAUAUCUGAUCCGGUUUUUAGCCAAGCUGGCUGAACAUCAGGAAGUGAAUAAAAUGACUCCAAGCAAUAUUGCCAUUGUCCUAGGGCCCAACUUGUUAUGGCCCCAACAAAAUGAAGGGAACCACGUGCAGCUAGAUAUAGCCUCUGUAUCCUCCAUACAAGUUGUGGGAGUUGUGGAACCCCUAAUUCAAAAUGCUGAGACCCUCUUCCCAGGAGAUAUUGACUUCAACAUCUCUGGCUUGUUCACUCCUCCUGUACUGGAAAUCAAAGAUAGUGAAAUUCCUUCUGUGGAACAGCCCACAUACUGCCUUCAUCCUAAUGAGCCAGUUUCCUUCUUGCCUGGAGAAAGAACAAAUCCUGAGGUGGCCACAGGAACGGUUCUCCCAAAGGCGACUCCAACCUCUGCUGAAGCAGCAGUCUCCUUGCCAGCUCCUGCUGAUGAUGCCUCAUUCUCACGCAAAUCAAAAAGGGCGGCCCCACCCCGACCCGCAGUACCUCCACCCCUAGCCCAUCCACGGACCCCACCUCCUGUGCAGCGUCAGAGCCAACCUCCUGCCUCAGAGUUGCCUCCCAUUCCUAAGGCCCUCCCUCGAAAAACAGCAGGAGCCGUAACACGAGCUCCAUCCGUACCACCACCACUUCCGCCACAGCCAACCAGGCGCCAGAGUCGCAAUGCUCUAUCGUCUCCAAAGCCUCCUUCAGAACCUGUGAGCAAUGAGGCAGCAACAAUAGCAGCUGAAGAACCUCCUGCUGAUGACUGCAGUAUAGAAACAUUUGAUGAUCCCAUUCCUCUAGCAACAGGGCACAAUGAGCCAGCAUCCGCUGGAGAAAACAGCUCUCCAUCAGCAUCUGAUCCAAUGGUCGAGGCAUUGGAGAAUGACUAUACAAACUCUGAGCGGAAGCGCCAGGGAAACCUGUCAUCUUCUGCGGUGCUUGCAUGUGGUCUUUUCCGUCCGUCCUCAGGAAAGACGCAUGAGCACGUUGCGUCGUCGUGCACCUCGAUUGGUCCGCGGUCGCCCCGCCUCUUGCGCUUUUCUGCUGUCUAUCACGGGGGCGGCGGUGCUCCGAUUGGCCGCGCCGGUCCUGCGGGUGGCGGGGGCGGUGACGGCGGCGGCGGUGGCAGCAUGGCGGGCUGCCGGCGGUUGAGCGGCUCGAGCCUGCGCGAGGUGCUGGGGGAGGCGCAGGGGGUGCUCUUCGACUGCGACGGGGUGCUGUGGACCGGGGAGCGCGCGGUCCCCGGAGCGGCCGAGCUGCUGGAGCGCCUGAGCCGUCACGGCAAGGCCGCCCUCUUCGUCUCCAACAACAGCCGCCGCUCCGUGACCGAGCUGGAACGCCGCUUCUCCCGCCUGGGCUUCCGCGGCGUCCGCGGCGAGCAGGUCUUCAGCUCCGCGCUCUGCUCCGCGCUGUUCCUGCGGCAGCGGCUCCUCGGGGACGCCGCCGGGGACUCGCCCGCCGCCGGCCCUGUGUUCGUGCUGGGCGGCGAAGGGCUGCGCGGGGAGCUGCGGGACGCGGGGCUGCGCCUGGUGGGCGACCCGGAGGAGGAGCGGGGCCCGGUGCGCGCCGUCCUCGUCGGCUACGACGACCAGUUCACCUUCGCCAAGCUGUCCGAGGCCUGCGCCUACCUGCGCGACCCGCAGUGCCUGCUCGUGGCCACCGACCCGGACCCCUGGCACCCGCUGAGCGAUGGGCAGUGCACGCCGGGAACUGGAAGUCUCACUGCAGCAGUUGAAACAGCAUCUGGGCGCAAGGCAAUGGUAGUUGGGAAGCCAAACACAUACAUGUUCGAGUGCAUUGUGGAGCGCUUUGGUGUGGAUCCAUCUCGCAUGCUCAUGGUGGGUGACCGGCUGGAGACAGACAUCCUAUUCGGCAAGAACUGUGGCCUCGAUACGGUCUUGACCCUGACGGGUGUUUCACGUCUAGAGGAGGCACAGGCUUACAUGGCCAGCGACAGCCCUGCUGCAAAGGACCUGGUGCCUCAUUACUAUGUGGACAGUAUUGCAGACUUGAUACCGGGCUUGGAUGAGUAAGAGGGAAUGUAGGUGGACAGAAGGUCCUAGUCCCUUUCCAGAUGUCUGUAUGUUUCAUUGAUUAUGGGUUUAUCACAUUCCAGUGUUUGUUUGGGCAGGAAUGGAGAGUUACUUCCUUUUAUUCUUGGAGCUCAUUCCAUAUUCAUUUUAACCAGAAGUAGGGGAACAAGGAGCUGUAUGUGAAACCACAGAGUAUUUCCAGGCCAAGACUUUAUUUAUUUACCUAUUUAUUUAUUUAUUUAUCCAUCCAUCCAUCCAUCCAUCCAUCCAUCCAUCCAUCCAUCCAUCCAUCCAUCCAUCCAUCCAUCCCUUUGCCCUUCUCUUGGCAUAGUACAGCUAUAUUAUUUGAAUUAUUUUUGUUCUUCUUUAGCCACUAGAGGCCUUUGCCAUUGUCCUCUGCAUUGUUUUGAAGAACCACAGUGUGCUUUUUGUGGUAUUUGUUGUUCUGAAGCUUUAAUGAGGCAACAUUUGUACCAGUGUUGUUUUUACCUUUUUUUUUCAAAUCGCUGCAACCGUUACAUAGUAGUUUGAGGAUCUCUUGUCCCAGAACUCUUAAAACAUUAAAUAGGGAUCAUCAAAAGCCAUGUCAGAAGUAACAUUGCAUCGCUAGAUAUUUGAUAUUGGAAUAAUUCCUGUAGGGAUUGAUUUUAUCAGGCUAGAAACAGUUUGCUCAAAAUUGAGGCAGGUAGAAGCUGCCUUUCUUGAUGAGUCUGAACCAUGGUAUCGUUUCUUUCCAAGCUGCCCAUGUGAUCUGUCCUUAUGUCACAUUAUUUCUGUGCACAUCCACAGGAAUUGCCCUGAACUGUUAGGCUCUGCAAGGCAUGCGUUCUCAACUGGCUCAAUCAGAUAUAAUUCCCAAGUUGCUGAACUUGGGUUCUGUACAACUCAUUAAGCUGUGAAUAAAAUAUGAAGGAAUGUUUUUAUGUCAUGUCAUCUUGAGAGGUUUCUUAGGUAACAGAAUUUUUAUCACUUCUGUUUGAUUUUGUAUGUUGGGAGAGGACUGCUAUUGUAAUGAAAUAGUGAACUGUCAUUGUGCCAUGAUAUUCUGAACUGGUUAUCACUGCUUCUCAGUAAUCUUCCAGCAAUAGUCUCCAAACACUCUUUGACUGCAUAGAGGCAGAAAUGCAUACCGGUUCUCUCCCUACCCACUUUGACUAGGUAGACCAACAAAACACUUCAAAAAAGCAUUAAGAUCCUGUCUAUUCCUGGUGUCCCACCACUCAUGGUGAGGAUGGUCCAUCCUGUCUGUACCCUACUCCAGGAUGUUUGGUUGUGGGAUAGUGUUGGCAUUUCCAGUUCUGUGAGUGUGCCACAGCCUCCAGAAAUCAGUCCUUGCUGCUUGUCUUUUUAUUGUUUACCAUGUAUUUAUUAAAAGUGUUUGUAUAAAUUAUGCUGAUCAGUUGUGCCAAGGUGUGAAUGUAGCCUCUGAGCCCACUCACUACUUGUAGCUCGUUGUUGUUGUUGUGAUUUUCUGACACUCGUUGUCAUUCUGCAUAUAAUAAAGUGCGGGUGUGAGAUGGAA